AUGGGGGGGAUCGUGGAGCCUGGCGAAAGGACUCCCAUUCUACCAGAAGACGGCAGCACAAUGCAAGCCUUUCUGCUGCGCAUCGAUCGCCGGUACGCGCUGAAGGGAAUGGAGCCGCGUGAGUGGGGAAACGCGCUUAUAGACCAUCUCGUGGGGCCGGCUCUAACGUAUUGGAUGUAUCUACAGCGAACUAUCGAUCUAAGCGACUGGACGACCGUAAAGCACCGGCUUUUGGAACGGUUUAACAGAACAAUGUCGCAGAGCGAAACGCUAACUGAGUUGGCUAAAGUGCGAUGGAAUGGUAACCUGAAAGAUUACACGGACUGGUUUGCGACUGUAGCGGAGCGGGGCAUGAGUCUUACCCCUGCCGAACUCGCGGAAUACUACUGCACAGGGCUACCGACUGACCUCCAUCUCUCAAUAACUAAUGACGGACACGUGAAAUACCUGACGUGGGAACAAGCGGCGACAGCCGCAACACGGUUCUACGAGCCCAAGCAGAGCGUGGA